CCCGCCCUCGCUGACGCUUCGCGGGUCACCUGACUUCGGCUGCGGGCUGAGGAGACACAAGGGAAGUGGCCGUCGCGGGAGUUGGAUCCUCCGACCCGGACCUCCGCGCCAUGCCGUCCGAGAAGACCUUCAAGCAGCGCCGGAGUUUCGAACAAAGAGUGGAAGAUGUCCGACUCAUCCGGGAGCAGCACCCCACCAAGAUCCCAGUGAUAAUAGAGCGAUACAAGGGUGAGAAGCAGCUGCCCGUCCUGGACAAAACGAAGUUCCUUGUACCUGAUCACGUGAACAUGAGCGAGCUCAUCAAGAUAAUUAGAAGGCGCUUACAGCUCAACGCUAACCAAGCCUUCUUUCUCCUGGUGAACGGGCACAGCAUGGUGAGCGUGUCUACGCCCAUCUCUGAGGUUUACGAGAGUGAGAAAGAUGAAGAUGGCUUCCUGUACAUGGUGUAUGCCUCCCAGGAGACAUUUGGGGCAGCUCUGGCUGUUUAACAUGAGAACGGUGCCUCAUGUUUGUUAAGCCCUUACCAAGGAAAAAAGGGAUGUUAACAGCAGAAGCUGGUCACUCACCACCCACAGAUCAGAACUUAGGCGCCCACCCAGGGUGUUAGGAACUGUUUUUCAGGCAGAAACUGAGCUCCGUGCAAGCGCAUUCAGCUUGGAAACUCAUCUAAACUAGGCUGUCCUUGUGUUCAAACUUUAGAAGUUUAAAAAUAAAAUACUUUGCAUCCUAAGUUGCCAAUAAAAAGACGAAGUUAUUUUGACAUUUUUCUCCCCAGUAGGGACUUAAGAUGGAACAGAGUGUCAGGGACAGUCUCUUCCUGGGAUGUGCUGGCUUCUCUAAAAGGGCUUCCACUGAGUAGAGAAGUCUCCAGAAACGGUCCCUCUGCCCAGGUUGCCUAACCGAGGGCUCUGGCUCCGGCCAAACAGGUCCAAUGUGCAGGAUCUGACCCUAGAGGGCCUGGUCCUGACCCCCAG